UAUUCCCGUACUCCUGCAGGGCAGUAAGUCAUAAUGAAUCUUUUUGUGCUCACGAAAGAUUAUCCUUCAGAUUUCAUUUGUUGUUGACGUAUUGGAUGUCGUAGAUCAAGUAUACAAUUCCGUACAGCUGAUGUGCUUCUUGUUUAUACUAGAACACCAGACGUCCUCUGAUGCAAAUUGUGUCAUUAAUAACUGAAAUCAACAGCAUUUUGAUGCAAUAUUACGUCCUCUUGAUUCUCGAGUUCAUGAUGCUUCAAAAGUGGAAUUAUACAAUAACUACUAAGUGGACUUUGGACAUAAACAAUCAGGUGGUCUCAACGUCUUGAAAUUUUAUCUGAGACAUGCUGAGGCCAUAAAAAGAUCACCGAACCUGAGUGCAUCCACUGUAGAUGAUUACGCGAACAGACCCGUAUUUUCAAUUAACUGACUUUCAAACUAAUGAGUGACAAGCUUUGGGUGUUCAGUUCAACCGAAGUUCGAUAUCAUCGAGAUCGCUAAACGUUAUUGUCCAUCUAACUCGUGCUCACGAUUAUGAUUGCAGGUAAAGCACGGGAGUAUGAUUAGGCGGGCUAUAGGAUGUGUCGAUAAGUCUUUAAAGCAAAUCCAGACACCAUGAUUCUCCAUCCUUAAGGGAAGCACCAUGAUUGCUUCAUUAGUCAAAAGCUCUUUUGGCACGUGUUUAAGAGCAAUGCCCAGUUUCUGAAUCGACUAUUUCCUGUGAAAUCGAGUGAAAAGGAAAAAGAUUGUAGCUCAGCUCUCUCAGAACUCAGAAGCUCUGCUUCUGGCCUUUGCAAGUUUCUUCCUUAUUGAAAAGAAAGCUUCCCUCUCUCUGUUCCAGGACCAUUUUUUGUCUUUCGUUUCCUGGAAAGGGGAAAUCUCAACUGGUAGCCAAAGUUUGGGGACAGUUUGGCAGAUAAUUAUCAUUCCAGACUCUCUUCCCUUCUUCAUAGCUGAUCUGUUACUUUCAGCCUGAGGCAUGUAGAACUUACCUUUUUUUUGCUGCUACCUUUUUAUAGAUGCCAAUAUAGUCCCCACCAUAUUGUCCAUCGUUACUUCCUUUUUUUCUUCUCUGCCAGGAUGAGAAAGCUAGCAGAGAAGCAAAUUUGUGCCCUCCUUCCCGUCAAAACACCAAAAUUCAACAUUAGAGUGAUUGUUGCUUCUCUAGUUUUUGCCGGUUUUACGAGCUCUGGUUUCGUUCCUCUUCCAGUCAAGAUUCCACUCUUGGCACUCUCAGCCGUCUUCUUUGUCACAUCUUUCCUGAAGAAGAAGAAAGCUGUGGACGAAAGUGCCGCCGGACAUAAAAAUCUGGAGCUUCACCACAUAGGUACUGUUGACAAGCACUUCCAACAAAAAACCCAACAGGUAGCGGAAUCGGAGGGAGAAAGAAGUGCUGCCCAGAUGGUUAAAAUCCGGAAAGGAUCGCUGGAUUUUCCAGCAGGCGGUGAAAGUGGUGAUGAGUUGAUAGAAAGUGAAACUUUCGAGCUACAUUUCAUCAGUUCUGAUAACGGAAGUUGCAGCCCACUGGUUUGUUCAAGCGAUGACGAUGACAAGGACGACGGCAGCCUCAUUGAGAUCUCUCUACCAACUAACGUUUGCUUGGCCGAUCUCUCGCCAAAGUCCAUUGGUGAGAAGCAGGAAGUGACAGAGACUUUGACAGACGACGAAAUCAAUGAGGAAGACAACUUAAUAGAACUAGACAUAUCCAUGGGAUCCAUCAGGUGCUCGAAGUUUGAGAUUUGAGGCAUAGGCCAUGCAAGUAUGAUCAAAUAUGUACAAGGAUGCUCGAUUUUACACUACACUGAUCAUCAAAAUUCUAUCUCGGCUUGGAGUCCUAAUACAGCAAUAAGUUUUUUGCCAUGACACGGAAUGUAAUUGCAUAUUUAAGAAGUUAGCAUUUAUGUUUAGUUGUUUUA